AUGGUUCAAUCCGCCGUUCUUGGUUUCCCGCGUAUGGGAAAGCUCCGUGACCUCAAGAAGGCCACGGAAGCUUAUUGGGGUGACAAGAUCUCUCGUGAUGAGCUCCUGAGCGAGGGAAAGAGACUUCGUGCUGAGCACUGGAAGAUUCAGAAGGAUGCUGGUGUCGACAUCAUCCCCAGCAACGACUUUGCUUUCUACGACCAGGUCCUUGACCACAUCCAGCUCUUCGGCGUUGUUCCUGAGCGUUACACCAAGUACAACCUUCACCCUCUGGACGAAUACUUCGCCAUGGGCCGCGGUCUUCAGAAGCCUGCCAAGGAUGGUCAGGAUGCUAUCGAUGUUCCUUCCUUGGAGAUGGUCAAGUGGUUUGACUCCAACUACCACUACGUCAAGCCUACCCUCCAGGAUAACCAGACCUUCAAGCUUGCUGCCAACCCCAAGCCCGUUGUCGAGUACCUCGAGGCUAAGGAGGCUGGUGUCAUUACCCGUCCCGUCAUCCUUGGCCCUGUCUCUUUCCUGACCCUCGCCAAGGCCGACCGUGGUCAGACCGUGAACCCCAUCACCAAGAUCAACGAGCUUCUUCCCCUCUACGUCGAGCUCCUUGCCAAGCUCAAGGAGGCUGGCGUUGAGGAUGUCCAGAUUGACGAGCCUGUCCUUGUCUUUGACCUUCCCCUCGCUUCCAAGAACGCUUUCAAGCCUGCUUACGAGAAGCUCGGCUCUCUUGGUACCCAGGCUCCUCGCCUUGUCCUGGCCACCUACUUCGGUGACAUUGUCCACAACAUCGACGUCCUUCCUGCCCUUCAGAGCCUUUACGGUAUUCACAUCGAUCUUGUCCGCAACCCUGAGCAGCUUGAGUCUGUUGUCAAUGCCCUUGGUCCCAAGCAGGUUCUUUCUGCCGGUGUUGUUGACGGCCGUAACAUCUGGAAGACCAACUUCAAGGCUGCCAUCGAGAAGGUUGAGCUUGCUAUCCAGAAGCUCGGCAAGGAACGUGUCAUUGUCUCUACCUCCAGCUCUCUCCUCCACGUUCCCCACACUCUCGCCAGCGAGAAGAACCUCGACCCCGAGGUCCAGGAUUGGUUCAGCUUUGCUGUUGAGAAGACCAGCGAAGUUGUCGUGAUUGCCAAGGCUGUCACUGACGGCCCUGCUACCGUUCGCGAACAGCUCGAGGCCAACGCCAAGUCUGUUCAGGCUCGUGCCUCCUCCAAGCGUACCAACGAUCCCAAGGUCAAGGAGCGCCAGGCCGCCGUCACUCCUGAGCAGCACAACCGCAAGUCUCCCUUCCCUGUCCGUCUUGCCAAGCAGGAGGAGUCCAUUAAGCUUCCUCUCUUCCCUACCACCACUAUCGGUUCCUUCCCUCAGACCAAGGACAUCCGUAUCCAGCGAAACAAGUUCACCAAGGGCGAGAUCACUGCUGAGGAGUAUGAGAAGUUCAUUGAGAAGGAGAUUGCCGAUGUUGUCAAGAUCCAGGAGGAGCUUGACCUGGACGUUUUGGUCCACGGUGAGCCCGAGCGUAACGACAUGGUUCAGUACUUCGGUGAGCGCCUCACUGGUUACGUCUUCACCACCCACGCUUGGGUUCAGAGUUACGGUUCUCGUUGCGUGCGUCCCCCCAUCAUUGUCGGUGACAUCUCGCGUCCCGCUCCUAUGACUGUCAAGGAGUCCAAGUACGCAGUCUCGAUUUCGUCUAAGCCCAUGAAGGGUAUGCUUACUGGACCCAUCACCUGUCUCCGCUGGUCUUUCCCUCGUGACGAUGUCCACCAGUCUGUGCAGGCUCAACAGCUCGCUCUCGCUCUCCGCGACGAGGUUGUUGACCUUGAGGAGGCCGGUGUCAAGGUCAUUCAAGUCGACGAGCCCGCUCUCCGUGAGGGUCUUCCUCUCCGUGCUGGCAAGGAGCGCGAGGACUACCUCCAGUGGGCCGUUGCCGCUUUCCGUCUGUCCACCAGCGGUGUGUCUGACGGCACUCAGAUCCACUCUCACUUCUGUUACUCCGAGUUCCAGGACUUCUUCCACGCCAUUGCCGCGCUGGAUGCCGAUGUUCUGUCCAUCGAGAACAGCAAGUCUGACGCCAAGCUGCUCCAGGUCUUCAUCGACGAGGCUUACCCCCGUCACAUUGGUCCUGGUGUCUACGACAUUCACUCUCCCCGUGUUCCCAGCGAACAGGAGAUCAAGGACCGUGUCGAGGAGAUGCUCGCGUACCUGCGCCCUGACCAGCUCUGGAUCAACCCUGACUGUGGUCUGAAGACCCGUCAGUGGCCCGAGACCAAGGCUGCUCUCUCCAACAUGGUCCAGGCGGCCAAGUAUUUCCGUGAGAAGUACGCUAAAUAA